AUGAAUUUGAAGUAUUUCCCAACGUUUUACGACGCGAGAGAGACGGCCGCAGGACACCACAAGGUUCACGACAAGUCCGAGCUAGGAACAAGAUCCCACUUUAGGCUGGAAACUUUCCCCCGUAAUUUCAAGACUCGGCUCGGGUUUCUGGACGUGAAGAAGGUCACUCUCGCUGACGCCGGGAACUACACCUGCAGGGUUGACUUCAUGACUUCGCAGACCAUGAUGUCUUUGCUGCAGCUCACGGUGCACGAGGAGAUUCAGGACCUGGAGGUGUUCGACGCCUAUGGCACCAUGAUCGGCAAGGUCGUGGGUCCUUACAAGCUGCUUUCCCGAGUGAUGCUGUCGUGUCGGGCGUACGGAGGGUUUGAAGUUGUUGGGCUCGAAGUUUCGAACGGUUUGCUCGAUCUAGUAACCGAGGAAGUUGUGGGAGUAGUGGCGGUAGUAAUAGGAGUGCCGGUGGAGCUUGUAGCAAUAGAAGUUGUAUUAGCAGUCGCAGUGAAAGUAGUAAUUUGGCAGAUACAUUUUUAG